AUGUACCAUGGCAACGGAGUCCAAGAUUACAGCAUUGUGAGGAAGGCCAUUGCACAGAAAGAAGAGGAGGAACUGAGGAGAUUGAAAGAGGAGAACCGCCCUGGUCCCAUUCAGCUGGCUCCAGAGAGACUAGGUGGUGCAGUAUCACAGGCAGAAGUCAGACAAAGACAGCAGAUGGAAUCACGCCAGUCAAAGCUGAAAAAAAAGCUUCAAAAAGAGGAAAUGGAUCAAAAGAAGAGACAGGCAGAGGAGGAGGAGAAUGAGAAGAUGAAGGCCUUACAGCGAGAGAAGGCCACAAAGCUAGAGAUGAGAAAAAAGCAAGAAGACGAACAGAGACAGAAGCUGUACCAACAUGACAAGCAAAUGAAAACCAAGGAGUUUCUUCAAAGAAUUGAGAGGUCCAGCAGUAGCGUUUCUAUGGCAGCAAGCAAUUCCAUACCAGCAUCAUCCUGGACUAAAAGUCAUGAGUACAGGGAAGCCAGAAGAGAGGAGGAGAAUGCUGACCUGCUUAAGAAGAAAGAGGAGCAGAGGAGAAAGGCAGGAAUUUUGGAGGAAAAACAAAAACAACAGGAGGAGGACAGGAAGAGAUGGACUGAAGCUGACCAUCGGCGGGUGAACAUGGCCUACCUAGACCGUCUGGAAGCGGGUAGUUCAGGUAGGGUGUCUGAACCCAUGACCCAAACCCCUGAAAGCACUAAUGUCUGGCUGGAUGAUGACGACGAUGAUGACGAACCACAGGAUACAGCCUUAUCCACAGUGCCCAACCCAUCACAGCUCCACACAGACUGUGAAGAGGAGGAUGAUUGUGGCCAUAUGUGGACCCUGAUGAAACUCCAGAAUAGGUUUCCAUACUAUGAGCGGGAUAUGCUUGAAGAGAUCGUCAAACAGUGCAAUGGCAAUUACCAGCAAGCAUAUGAGCUGCUUGAUGUGUAAAUACUUUCUCGUUUUGAUCCUCAGUGAUAGAUUGAUCCUAAUGUUGUUUUGUGAGUUAAUAAUUUUUGGGUGAACUAUGCCUUUACUUAAGGUGACAAGCUUAAACCAAACAAUCUAGUGUCCUUUGAACUGAAACAAAACCUUCUUUUUUAGUUUGUGCAGUUAUUUUUGCUCUGACACUAAAUGGAUCGACACUUAGUCACAGAGAAAAGAAAUCAAAACAAUAAAUCAAGAUUUGAGUCUGCUGUGGGAACAUUUAGGGAUCCCAUGAGUACAAUUCACAGGCUAAAUGAUGUGCGUUCACUAAAUUCAAAGGCUAAUUUAUAAUGAGGUAAAGGACUGAACUCAUCCACCAUAGGGAUGGACAGUGAAAAACCAAACCAUCAUACACAUCAUUAGCUUCCUGAAUGCUGUAUAGGUUUCUGCUAAGACUGCAUGAAUUUAAAAAGACUGCCUCUAUGUAUGUGAAAUAGAGUGCAACAGACGGGUUUGUGAAGUAAAAAUCCCAUCCAUUUUCUCCAUUGGGGAAUUGUUUUUUUUUAAAUGUAGCGAUAGCUUAUAAACCGUUAACGGCUUUAACAUGGGAGAGAGCUACAAUCUCAUGAAGCAUUGUGAGUGAUAUAAAAUAAAA